AUGAAACUCUUCAAUGCAUUUGCAUGCUACGCACAUUCAAUGCAUUGUAAGUUUCCCAAACCCACAGCGAACGUAACAGUUUCCCAUCAAUUUUCCCCUUUCGAUUUUCCCGGCCACACCACCGCCGUCAUCGCCGCUUCAUCCACCGACGACAGCGGCAUCCCGUCUCAAGAUCUCGCAGUUCUCCUCGAAGUCGACGGGGUUCUUGUGGAUGCAUACCAUGGGAAUCGCAUAGCCUUCAAUAAAGCAUUUGAGAAACUUGGACUUGAUUGUGCGAGCUGGAGCAAACCUGUCUAUUCAGAUCUUUUAAGGUGUUUUUUUGGUUAUUUGUUGUUAUAUUAUUUUCUUGCCUGUGCAUAUGUUCUAAUGGAAAAGGUGAUGAUGAUACACUUAGAUUUCAUGAGUUCUUGGGAACCUAUCUCGGUGCUUGAUGGAGUUCUUGUUGCUAUCAAGGAUGAAAUAGACUGUUUACCAUAUCCUACGACAGGAGGUACAAAGUGGCUGCACAAACAAAGGCCUUGUCUGAAUGACGCUUGCUGUGUUAAGCGUUUAAGAUUAUGCGGCGCCAUACUUGUUGGAAAGACUAAUAUGCAUGAACUUGGCGCGGGAACUAGCGGUAUAAAUCCACAUUACGGGGCUUCUAGAAAUCCUUAUGAUGUCAAUAGGAUAGCAGGAGGUUCUUCUAGUGGAUCUGCAUCGGUGGUAUCCGCAGGUUUGUGUCCUAUUGCUCUUGGUGUCGACGGGGGAGGUUCUGUAAGGAUGCCUGCAGCACUUUGUGGUGUAGUUGGUCUUAAACCGACUUUUGGUCGUAUACCUCAUGACGGAGUUCUUCCUCUAAACUGGACAGUUGGAAUGGUUGGAAUACUCGCAGGCACGAUCGAGGAUUCAUUGAUCGCGUUAGUAAUCGUCCUUACCGUGAUUACCAUGACUUUUUCCCUCAACCUGAAUGCUAGUAUUGUUGGCUUAGCAGUUGAAUCUGAAGGACCUGAAAAUUCACCCUGGUGUCUCGGUCUUGGUGCAGUACAGACAGUCUGUAGACAGCAAGAGGGUGGAUCAAGACUUGCAAAUGUGAAUCCAGCUGCUGAAGCAAAUAUAUUUGGUGAUCCAGAUGCUGCUGAUGUUGUAUUCACAAGUGGCGCAGAUAUAUUGGCAGUUGGAAUAAAUGUUACUCACCAAGUCGUAUUGUCAGGAAGAGCAAUUUAUGUGAAGAUUUCCCAGGUAUGCCUAGAACAUUCUGUUUCAGAUAACUGUUACAUUCUCAAGUACACUGCAUUAGCUCUGGCCUGGCCAAAAUCUACCUUACUGGACCAAACAUGA